GCUACUAUACUGAGAGCCUUUAAAAAAAGUCUAAGAUGGUAGAUCUGUUGCACUAAGAAUUUAGUUUAUUGUUUAUGUUUUGCAUAUUAAUGUAUUGUGCCACAGUAAUAUUACCAUAAUCUCCAUAAUUUAAUAUAUAAGUGCUGAUUACUAUAUAUUUUUGCUGGUGUAAGGUAUUUCUGGUGGCCUGUAUUGCCCUUUAAACACCCUGUUCUCCGUGGUUUAUGUCGCCCUCUUGUGGCUGAUAAUUGUCAUCACAACAAGAUUAGUCUGACAAACUGCUGCCGUGGAGGAGAACAUGUUUUUGUGUGUGUAUUUAUUAUAAUAGCAAAAUGUGUUAGUAAUAGUGUGAGUAAAUAAUAAAUAAUAUUACCAGUAGUAUUAAACUCUUCUACCCUUCCUGUAGACUCUGUAUACCGACUACGAACGAAAGCGGAACCCUUGUCGUCGCUUCAUAAUAUGAACGGAGUCCUUACAGUGUAACACGCUGUCAAAACGUAAAGCAACAGCAGAUAAGUGAACCUUUUUUUUGGUGAAAACUUUCAAUAUCUAUAUCCACAAGGGGAACAAUCAGAUUCAACAGAUCAGAUCCAUCUCGCGUCCCUGUUGACAAACAUUAUUACUGGUAUGGAUGGCAUGGUGAUGGAGGAGGAGGAUGAUUGCCCAGAGUUGGUGCCCAUUGACAGCCCACCUGGUCCUCCUGCAGAGCAGAUACCUGUCACCAUCAUAACAGGCUACCUCGGUGCAGGAAAGACUACCCUCCUGAACUAUAUCUUAACAGAACAACACAACAAGCGGAUUGCUGUCAUACUUAAUGAAUUUGGAGAAGGCAGCGCCCUUGAGAAGUCCCUCGCAGUGAGCCAUGCAGGAGAGCUGUAUGAGGAGUGGCUGGAAUUGAGAAACGGUUGCCUCUGCUGCUCUGUGAAGGACAACGGUCUUAAAGCCAUCGAGAACCUGAUGGAGAAGAAAGGAAAGUUUGACUACAUCCUGUUAGAAACCACAGGACUCGCUGAUCCAGGAGCUGUGGCCUCCAUGUUCUGGGUCGAUGCGGAGCUCGGCAGUGACAUCUAUUUGGAUGGCAUUGUCACUGUCAUCGACGCCAAGUAUGGACUGCAGCAAUUAACAGAGGAAAAAGCAGAUGGACUCAUCAAUGAGGCUGCCAGGCAGAUUGCUGUCGCUGACCUGACCAUAAUCAACAAGACAGACCUUGUGAAUGAGACUGAACUCACUCAAAUCCGAGACGCGGUCAGGUCUGUAAAUGGUCUUGUCAAGAUUCUAGAAACCCAGAAGUCAAGGGUGGAUCUCUCUGAAGUGCUGGAUCUGCAUUCCUUUGACAGUAAGGAUGGAGCAAAUCUUGCAGAGAAGCUCCAACUUGUGAAAUCUACAAGACCACAUCUUGACAAGAGUAUUUUAACUGUGACAUUUGAAGUGGCUGGAGAUCUCCCUGAGGAUGCCUUGAAUGUCUUCAUCCAGGAUCUGCUAUGGGAAAAGAUGUUCAAAAACAAAGAAGGGCAACCUAUGACUGUCAUUCGUUUAAAGGGCAUAGUAUCAUUUGCAGGUAAAGCCCACCAAGUGAUGCUGCAGGGGGUCCAUGAGUUGUAUGACCUGAAUGAGACUCCACAGCUUUGGGAGGAGAACCCGCGGAUCAACCGACUGGUCUUUAUAGGUAGGAAUCUGGACAAGGACAUUCUGCGGGAACAGUUCAUCUCUUCAGUGGUGCAAGGAACAGAGGAAAAAUAGUCACAAGUCUCCUCUUUGCAUUGAAAACUGUUUAUUCUGGAGCAAAAGCUGUGACUUUGGCCAUCCAUAAAUCUGAGACUGUUUCAGACGUUCACUCCUUACCUACAAAAACAUGAGGUACGUCAGAGGAUGGUUAAGGUUACUGUAGUGAUCAAUACAGUAGUUUUAAAUUGUGAUAACCCAUCACUACCUGCUUUAAAAAGCUACAGUAAAUCAAAGAGUGUUUAUGUUGCUGUAGUGCCUCAGCUGAAUGCCGUGUGUCACCCUGGAAAUGUAUCCUGAAUACGACCUCUGAAAUUUGUGCACACGUAAACAAAAGCCAGAAUUUUAAUCAGUACAUUGUAUUUUUAAUAAAGAUGGCUUUGUAAAAAUCUGCAAUUCUUGAAGGUUAGGAAACCAAGUAGUAUUGGAAAGUGACACACAUACUGUAUCAAGUGUGGUACUUUGUAAAUUAAGUAACAUUGCUUAUGUUUCUGGCUUUUAACACCCUUUUUGUUUGUUUUUUAAAUUAUUCAAAAUAAAGUGUUUUUCCUGAA